AUGUCUUCUCAUUCUUCCUCUUCAUCUUCACUGAAUUUGGAGGACAAAACCACCAUGGAUUUGGUCCAACAAUCUGAGCAUCUUUGCUAUGUCCGGUGCAACUUCUGCAACACUGUUCUUGCGGUUGGAAUUCCAUGCAAAAGGUUGUUAGAUGCUGUGACAGUGAAAUGCGGGCACUGUGGCAACCUCUCCUUUCUUAGCACCAGGCCUCCCCCUCCACUGCAAGGUCAAUGUUUUGAACAUCAGCCAACCAUUCAGACUUUCUUCAGUGAUAUGAAAAAAGGUCAAUCUUCUUCAUCAUCCUCAUCAACCUCCGGUGAACCAUCAUCCCCCAAAGCACCCUUUGUUGUGAAACCCCCUGAGAAGAAGCAUAGGCUUCCAUCUGCCUACAAUAGGUUCAUGAAGGAGGAGAUCCAACGUAUUAAAGCUGCGAAUCCAGAAAUACCACAUCGAGAGGCUUUCAGUGCAGCAGCAAAAAAUUGGGCUAGGUACAUUCCUACUGCACCAACCGGGUCCAUUGCCGAGAGCAGCAAUAGCAACCAUGCUUAG